UACAUACAUACACUCUCAAUUCUCAAUUCUCAAUUCUCAAUUCUCUGUCUUUUUCUCCCUCUCAACCCUCAUUUGUUAACACCAGAUCCCCAAAAGGGAACUAUCUAGCUAGGGAAUGCUGUUAAUCUAUCUACACUCACUCACUCACUUAUAAAAAUUAAAACUUUAUAAUAAAAAUAAAAAGUAUAGUAUAUAAAAAAUAAUAAAAAUAGUGUAUAAGAUAACAGUAUUGGACUGGCAUGGGCUACUACAAAUAAAACAUCACCGAUCCAUCAGUCAGUAAAUCAAUCUCCAUCCAUCCAUUCAUAUAUCCCAUCAAAGAGAUCAUAUCAUCUUCUUCACUAACAAAUAUUCACAUACUUACAAACUUUAGAGAGAGAAAUUAAACACAAACAACUCAAUGUCGUCGUCUUCGUCGUCAACAACCGGUAGUGGUGGUGGUGGUAGCGGGUUUGAUACUACUCCACAGACUCCAACUGAACAUGUUGUUUCUGAUCAGCUUUGUUAUGUCCAUUGUGAAUUCUGUGAUACUGUCCUUGCUGUGAGUGUGCCGAGUAGCAGCUUGUUUAAGACUGUGACGGUGAGGUGUGGGCACUGCACUAAUCUCUUGUCAGUCAAUAUGAUGGUUCAUCUCUUGCAGGCGGCCGCCCCUUCGCCGCCUCUGCUUCCUCCUCCUCCACCUCUUCCUCAUCAUCUUUCACAUCCCUCUUUCUUCAACCCCCCUCACAAUAAUCUUUUGGAGGAGAUUCGGAGCUCAACACCAAAUAUACUGAUGAACAAUCAUCAUCAGCCUAUGUUCAAUGACCAGAUGAUGUCCAUUCGAGGAGGCGAUCAUCUUCACCACCACCAUCAAGAGAUCCCUAAACCACCUCCUCCAGUCAAUCGGCCUCCAGAGAAGAGACAGAGAGUACCAUCUGCCUAUAACAGAUUCAUCAAGGACGAAAUUCAACGAAUCAAAGCUGGAAAUCCUGAUAUUAGCCAUAGGGAGGCCUUCAGUGCUGCUGCUAAGAAUUGGGCCCACUUUCCACACAUUCAUUUCGGCCUUAUGCCUGAUCAUCAACCCGUGAAGAAGGCUAACGUGCGCCAGCAACAGGAAGGAGAGCACGAUCAAGUUCUGAUGAAAGAAGGCGGUUUCUUAGCUCCUCAAGCUAAUGUGAAUGUGGGUAUAGGUCCCUACUAAGAUCAAUUAACGACAAACUAAACAUUAGUUGUAAGGUAGAAAAAUCUUAAUUAAUCGAGUACUUUGUACUACUACUACUACUACUACUACUUAAUUAUUAUGUGUAAUAUUUGGCGCGCAGUAGGGUUUAAUUUCUUCUUCCCUCUCUAUCACUAGCUUUUUCACCAGGUGCAUGCUUCUCUCUUUUGCACUUACAUAAUUACUUCUAGGAGUGGUUAAAAACUCCUUGAUGAAUUAUUUAAUUUGGCUUUUAAGAGAAGAGAAAAGAGACCAUGGAAAAUUGAUGUGAGCAUAUGUUAUAUAUUAAUGUUAUUGUUAAAACUUGUUAA